AUGCCACUUAGAAGCCAGAAUGAUGAGACUUCAUCUCUCAUACUUCAGAAGAGCCACCAGAAGGUAUUGAGCAUUUCAUAUGCAAGCUUAUCUUUUCCACAGAUGAAUUAUCAAGAAAAACUACCAGAAGAAAAUCUCACCAAAUUGACAGAAUUUGUUCUCUUGGAUUUUGCUGAUUUACCCCAUCUACAGUGGUUUCUGUUUGGAUUCUUUCUAAUCCUCUACAUUAUUAUCCUUUUGAGCAAUGGCACCAUAUUUCUAAUAACUAAAUUGGACCCUGCUCUUCAGAGCCCCAUGUACUUUUUUCUGGCAAUUUUUUCCUUUUUGGAAAUCUGCUAUGUAUCAGCGACUAUUCCCAGAAUGCUGAAGAAUCUUGGGACUCAGAGAAGAAGCAUUUCCGUAGUUGCUUGUGCAACACAGAUGUGCUUUGUUCUUAUGUUUGGAGCCACAGAGUGUUUGCUCCUGACAGUGAUGGCCUAUGACCGCUAUGUGGCCAUUUGUAAUCCACUGCACUAUCCUCUAGUCAUGAACCAUAGGUUCUGCAUCCAGUUGGUGACUAGCUGUUGGGUCGCUGGCAUACCAGUUCAGAUUGGACAGACAUAUCAGAUUUUCUCUCUGACUUUCUGUGGCCCUAACAAGAUCAACCACUUCUUUUGUGACAUUCCCCCAAUACUCAAGCUGGCCUGUGGGGACACUUCUGUCAAUGAGAUAUUCAUCUACAUAGAUGCCGUGUUGUUUGUCACAGGUCCUUUUCUGUUGAUACUUGGCUCGUACUGUAAAAUCAUCUCCACCAUCCUGAAGCUGCCAUCAGCCACAAGUCGGACCAAAGCCUUCUCCACUUGCUCAUCUCAUCUUAUGGUUGUGGUGUUAUUCUUUGGAUCUGGUACUAUUACUUACCUAAGACCCAAGAGUAGUCAAUCAGAGGGAAAUGACAAGGUACUUUCACUUUUCUACACUAUCUUCACCCCUAUGUUAAAUCCCAUGAUAUAUAGUCUAAGAAACAAGGAUGUCAUAAUGGCAUUGAGAAAAUUGCUAUGGAAAUGA